AUGAAAAAAGAUGCAUUUCAUAAUGCUGGUGAAGCAGAAGCAUCAAUUGGAAAUCAAUGGUCAAAAUAUUACACAAAUUAUACAGAUGAUUGGAGAAAAUUUUAUUAUAGAUGCAAGAAAGUCAAAUGUCGUAGUUCUCAAUGUUGUGCAAGUAUUUAUCUGCUAUAUCAUGCAAAUUGUGAUAAAAUAACCACUUAUAAAACACAAGCUGAACACGAACAUCAUAAUGUCAAAAUUUAUGGUAUUAAUGAAAAUGUUAAAAAACACAAAAGCCUUCAUAUUGACAUGCGACAAAAAACAAUCAAUAACGCUUUAUUAAAACCAAUACCAUCGAUACCAGAUGCUACUGAUUCAAUCAAAAAGGGUUUUGAAAUCUAUUUAAUAAUUCAUAUAAUCAAACAAUGGGCUGAACUCAUAUGA